AUGAAGGGAGUUAUUCGUUUUGGAAUGAAAGGCAAGUUGGCUCCGAGACAUGUCGGACCAUAUCAGAUUGUAGAACGUAUAGGCUCAGUCGCCUAUAAGUUAGACUUGCCAUCGGAGAUGUCGCAAGUUCAUCCUGUCUUUCAUAUUUCCAUGUUUCGGAAAUAUGUAGCAGACCCUUCUCGAGUAAUUCAACCGCAAGUGGUGGAUGUGAGCAAAGAAUUGACUUACGAAGAACGGCCAGUGCAGAUUGUCGACACGCAGAUACGACAACUGCGGACGAAGAGAAUUCCGAUGGUGAAAGUUCUAUGGAGGAGUCAAUUCAUAGAAGAGUGCACGUGGGAGAUAUAG